AGAAUCUAGCAUGUUCUUGAUGUCUUCAAUCUCCUAGAUUCUAGCUCCGCUGUUGUUAGGGAUUGCCGCUUCUCCCCCAUUCCUGUUCGCUGACUGGUGCCUGUUCCCCCCACGUUCAUCCUCUUUCGACACAAAAUGGCCGCCAUGUCGCUUCAGGCUCUCUCAUCCGCUUCCACCGUCGCCACAUCGCCGUCUCUCCUCACCACCUCGCCUAGCUCCCUUCGCAAGGCGUCCGUCACCACUCGGACGAAUGCCGCGUUCUCCAAGAACCGGACAGCCGUGCGCGCUCUCAAGAGUCACAAUACCGAGAGCGGUCACCAGCAGGACGGCGCGAACGAGACCUCGUGGGCGGAGCGAUGGCGUCAGCAGCACGCGGCGGCGGCGGUGGCGCUCGCGGCAGCGGUGGCUGUGGCGGGCCCCUUCGUGCCCGAUGCCGCGUUGGCCUACAUCGGCGGAGGUCCCUAUGGCCGGGAAGUGACACGUGGACAGGACCUGACAGGGCGUGACUUCAGCGGGCUGGACCUGCGAGGGCAGGACUUCAAGACGUCCAUUCUCCGCCAGGCCAACUUCGCUGGAGCCAACCUUAUAGGGGCGUCCUUCUUUGACGCCGACCUCACAGGAGCUGACUUCACGGGCGCCAAUCUCACUGCCGCUGAUUUCUCCCUCACCAGCGCGAACAAGGCCAACUUCACCAACGCCAUUCUAGAGGGCAUCUCUUUCACCGGCAACACGUCCUUCAAGGGAUCCAUCAUCACUGGCGCUGACUUCACAGACGUGUUCUUCCGGGCGGACCAGAAGGCGUACCUCUGCAGGGCUGCUGAGGGGACCAACCCUGUCACUGGCAACGACACUCGUGAUACUCUUCUCUGCUAGCUUAUACACUCCUGUCACCUUGCCGGUCCCUCAAAGUAUGUUGUUGAGAUGCUACGGCUUCCCCCUUCUCUUUUCCCUGACUGAUUAGGUAGCAUCUGUACAUUUGAAUGUCAAAUCAUAUCUAUUACAUUAUAUAUAUAAAUAUUUGUUUAGGCUUGGUAGGUGUGCUAUAUUGCUGGAUCCUACUGUAUAGGGGUCAACCCUCCCUUCUUCUAUCUCUUUCUCUUCCUAGUUGACACUCUUUUCACUCCUUCAGCUGAUGAUUAUCUUCCUGGUCGUCGCCGGGUCGUGCCACACCGCCGAGUGCCGCGAGCUUAGCAGUUGCCGCAGCCGUUGUUGAAGCAGCUGCCACCGAUGCAGGUGCAGCUGGCUCCGCCGCCACCCACUCCGCCGCCGCCACUGCCGUCGUCGUUGAAGCCGCCUCAGACGCCUUUGCUGCAGGCCCCCAAAUUGGUUUUGGGGGUGUCUGAUUCAUCAGACUUGCCUGCCAUCCCUUGGUAUGGCCAUCAGAGUCGCCCCUAAAAAAAAGUCUGAAAAAUCAGAGUAACAACAGUUUUUUUGUCUGAUUAGUCAGAGUUGUUAAAUUAUAUAUUUUGUUAUAUAAUUGGUCGGCUUGGUAGGUGUUACUGAACUCUACUGUAGAGGGUACAAUCCCCUCCUUGUAUCCCUCUCUCUUUCUAUUCUGACCCU